AACUUAUUCAAGUUAAAGUUGGGGUGUAAAAAUAAUAAUGUCACAUUAUAUGCUUUUUCUUAUUUGCUUUCUUGCUCAUAUAUUUGCUUCUGGAGAGAAUUUUGAAAGAGACCAUUCAUACAUUUCUCUAAGGAAAAAAUAAUCGAUACACGUAUAUACAACAUAAAAGGUGGAAUCGCCUAUAAACUUAUGUUAAAAUAUAUAUAUAUUUAUAUAUUUUUAUAUAAAUAAAAUAAAGGUGGAAUCGGAAAUGGGAAGGAGUCCUUGUUGUGCAAAGGAAGGGAUGAAUAAGGGGUCAUGGACUGCAAUGGAGGACAAGAUUUUGAGCGAUUAUAUUAAAACACAUGGUGAAGGAAGAUGGAGAAAUCUUCCAAAAAGGGCAGGUUUAAAGAGAUGUGGGAAGAGUUGUAGAUUGCGAUGGUUGAAUUACCUUAGGCCCGGUAUUAAGAGAGGCAAUAUCACCCCCGAUGAGGAAGAACUCAUUAUACGACUCCAUAAGCUUUUAGGGAACAGGUGGUCACUGAUCGCAGGAAGAUUACCAGGCCGAACAGACAAUGAAAUCAAGAAUUAUUGGAAUACCAGUUUGAGCAAGCGAUUGAACCAACAACAACACAACAACAACAACAACAACAACAACAACAAUCAAGUCACCAAGUCCAGUCCGAAAAAACCUCGAAACGAUUCGAAGAACAAGAAGUUACCGACAAUAGACCAUGCCGUACAAAAAACAUCUGCACAAGUAGCCAUUGAGUCCAAUGUGGUCCGAACCAAGGCGGUCCGAUGCACCAAAGUGUUCAUUAACCCGCAACCACAACCACAACCACAACCGCCAAUAAGUUCAACGGGUUAUAAUGUGGAUAAUAACAUUUGGGUCGAUAAUAAUGACUACUCUUCACCAAGACUAGACGAAGAGUACAAAAUGUCAUCCGAUUUGUUGAUGGACGUUUCGAAUUUGGGGGAUUUUGAUCUAAUUUCGGAGCUUAUCAAGUCGGAUUUUUCGGAAAUUUGUGAUUUUAGUAACGAGUCUAGCAACGUUGCUAGUGAAUUAUCACCCGAACAACCUUUUGUGUUGUCUCAAGAGUUGCUUGAAGAUUGGCUUGGAAAUCAACAAGUUAUGUGACUUUUACUUACAUGUUUUUGUUUUGGACAUAAAUACAUAUAUUUCCCAAAAUAGUACUAGUUAUUUUCAUAUGCAUGUGUGUAAUACGUACUAGAUUCCUAGAUUAUUUAUAAUAUAUAGAGUUUCGUUUUA